AUGUUUAUGCCCUUGUAAGCAUUUUUUUAUGUGCUGUCUUAAGUUAUUAUUGUUAGUAUUCUUCUUCUUAUUAUUAUUAUUAUAUUUCUUUGCCAGAAACUGCCCUUGCUGACUUUUGGAAUGACAAUAGCAUGUCUGUCUUGUUCUUACCCAUCCGAAAAAAACAGUGCUUUUUCUUUGGCUCUGCAUGUUUUAACCUAUCUACUGUUUCAGGAUGUUCUACGUAAUUGCCCUUCAGUGGCUAAUCAUUUUCAGAAGUGAACUAUUUUAAAGGUACAUGCUUUCUUAUUAAUCAGUGAAGCUGACACUCAGGCACAAUACAUAUUUGUUUUCUUUUCCAUACCAAGGCAUGGUCAUCUAUUCACAGAGGCGUUUCUCUGUUAAUAAAUCAAGCAUUUAAAUCUACCACCGACAACUUGACUGCCACAUUCACAGCUAAACUCCAACCAGAAUAAAUGAGAUUUGGACCUGAUUCUUUGACCAUUUUUUUUUCUGUUGGAGCUCAGAAGAUUUCAUUCGACUGAGAGAAAUCCCGAAGGCAGAGAGGAGAGAGAGUGACACUUGGCGAUAUCAGCAUUACUCAUACAUGAACCGAAGAUUCUUGAGCCUUGAGAGUGGAACCUGCAGAACAUUUUAGAAGAAUGCCCCUCCUGAGUGAGAUCAGCUCAUAUGUGAGAAGCAUUCAGGAGUCAGAGCAUAAUUUCAUAAACAGGCGAGCAGAAGAAAUCAAUUCAGAGCCCGAACAGGAUGUAGUAAAGCACUACAAAGUGCUUAAUGUCUCAUCUGGUGAUGCCCAUGCAAUGGGAUUAAAACCCCUCACCUUUGUCCGCCAGGUUCUGGCCGCUUGCAUCUACCCCUCCCUUCUGCUUGAUGAUAGCUUACCCCAUGACGUGAGAAAGAGGGCACAGUGUUUACUGGAAGAGUGUGGAAGCAUAGGUUCAUACGCUCCUAUGACUGGGAUUAGAAAAGUCUUGCUCUCUGUAUCUGAAUUCAUCACCAGGCGAGACGGCAUUGUGUCCAAUCCUGAUAACAUCAUCAUCACAAGUGGUUCCCAGCAUGGCAUCAUUGUGUUGCUGAAACUGUUGGUUCAGAGCGAGGGCUCAGUGCGGACAGGGGUCCUCAUUCCUGUGCCCUGCUACAUCAGCUUUAAAAAGGCACUGACCGCUCAGGGAGCCGUCGCUGUGCCCUACUACUUGUGUGAAGAGGAAGGCUGGACAGUGCAGAUUAAAGAGCUGCGAAGAGCCCUCCACGCUGCUAGGGGGCACUGUAACCCAAUGGUUUUAUACAUCAUAAAUCCUGGGAACCCAUCAGGUCAUGUGCAGAGUAAGGCCUCGAUUGAGGAAGUGAUUCGCUUUGCUGCAGAAGAAAGGCUCUUCUUAAUGGCAGAUGAGGUGUACCAGAGCAUUGUAUAUGGGAAUGGACGUGAGUUUUACUCAUAUAAGAAGGUUCUGUCUGAGAUGGGAUCUCCAUACUCCAAUAAUGUGGAGCUGGCAUCUUUUCACACUAUUUCCAAAGGAGCCAUUGGAGAGUGUGGUCUGCGUACUGGCUACAUGGAGCUGGUGAACAUUGACCCUGAAGUGAUGCAAUACGCCUACUCACUGUUCACCAUCAACUUGAAUGUGCCGGUGAUUGGACAGAUAGCCCUGGACGUGAUGGCUGACCCUCCACAACCUGGACAGCCUUCUUACGCUCUGUAUGCUCAACAAGUUCAGUCAUUUCAAAGGACACUAAUGAAUAAUGUGCAGAGGACUCUGGAGGUUCUCACUGGUCUCCCUGGCAUCACCUGCCAACCCAUAAUGGGAGGGGUUUUUGCCUUUGCGCGUCUGCAUUUGUCGGAGGCUGCAAUAAAACAUGCCAAGGAGAAAAAGCUGAAGCCAGACUUCCUGUACUGCCUGCGUCUGCUGGAGGACAUGCGCCUGUUUGCGUCACCUGGCUGUGAUUUUGGACAGGAGGAGGGAACUUAUCACAUCAGGAUGUGUCUGGCAACUCCAGAAGAGACGAUGGAGGAUGUGCUGCAGAGGCUGAAGAGUUUCCACCUCCGCUUCAUUAAAGAGUUCCCCUGAAGCAAAUGGUAAAAAAUGAGUGGUUCUUGAGCCCUGCUACAUAACACAGACUUAACCAUGCCAUAAAUAUGUCACGGCAGAUGUCAUAUGCUGUCAUGAGUUGUCAUGACGGGUUACAUUACUGUUACAGAUCAUCAUCAUGACAUCUGUCAUAAAGUCACGUUUUUUUCAAAACGUCAGUCUUUUUAAAAAGGUUAAAGGUUCCUGUCGAAAAUAAGGCAAAAUAAGUUGGUUGUAAGU